AUGGCGUCUCCUCGUGAGGGACACUACAGGGGCGUAAGGAAGCGGCCGUGGGGCCGUUACGCGGCGGAGAUACGUGACCCUUGGAAGAAAGCUCGUGUCUGGUUAGGAACUUUCGAUACACCGGAGGAAGCCGCAAUGGCUUACGACGGUGCUGCACGCUCCCUUCGUGGCCCUAAAGCCAAGACAAACUUUCCCAUGCCGCCGCCGCCGCCUCCAGUACCACCGCCACCGUCGUUGUCUCUAAACCUCAACAACUUCCCGUCCGAACAACACAUCCGGUUGGUUGCUGAACAGCCUUCCAGAUAUGUAGUCAGUGGUGGUGAGUUUAAGUUCCUUCGUACUAGUGUCCUCAAAGACUUCCGCCAUGGUGGUGGGUGCUGCUCCUCCGCCGGAGGCUCCGGUGAGUUCUCGUUGGCAGACGAUUCUGACGUCAAAACGGUGGGAUUUCUGGGGCUAGUUAGACGUGGAUUGGGUAUAGAUUUGAAUGAGCCUCCGCCCAUUUGGCUAUGA